AGUGGAUCUUAUUCUUUACUGACUGUCUUGGUGGUGUUCUUUGCUUGUGUACUUACUUCCAUCUUGAUCGGUUUAGCUUUGCCAUCACCUUAUCAUGUUGUAACCGCCUCAUCCCGCGGUCGAUCCAUUCAAUUCCGUCCAGGUCAUACUCCACCAGUCCACCUCACGGUGAAUCCUCCGCCACUUCGGCCUGACGUGCCACAGCACAUCUCUGAUCCUUCCCCUUACCAACAUAUUAGACUCCUUGUUCCCUUUCCUGCAAGCUCUUCUACCUUUUAGGGCUGAGAUGUUUGCCGUUUCUGCACCUCCCAUUGUCCGUCCCAUCUUCCGGUGACCAUGCCAAUCUUUCAAUAUAUGGACCCCGAACGGUCCAGUGACUUAUGGUCUGAUGACCAUUGCUCAGGUCAAGAGACUCAAAAUCGAACCUUAGCUCCCAGGGAGGACUCUCAUAUUUCUUCCUCUGGGUUGCGCCCCUCCUCUAGGGACCAGUAUAGUAACCCCGAAGGUCCCUCGCCGUUCGAUGUAUAUGACGCAAACGACCGCGGGAAAUCUAUAGAGCGGUUCGGAAAUAUCGACGAUUUGAAAUGGAUUCACCAUCGCUCCCUGGGAGAGGCGAAUGCCAGUCACGAAGCUCCCCCUUAUAUUCCACAAAAAUACUCCGCUAUGAGGGAUCAACUAAUAGAAUUAAAUGAUGCGAGUGAUCAGCUCCCUUCAGACGACCAACAGCUGGCGUCUCCUGCCGAUAUUGAGCGUCCUCGUUCGGCCCUACACUCUGGAGAUUUCCGAGAAGGUAGCUCGCAGAACCAGAUUCGACAUCGAUCACAAGACCCGGCAUCGCCUAGCUUUGCUCACGACGUACACUACUCGCCUUUCAGCUCUUCUCCGACUUCCCCCUGGUUCAGCACAACCGUGUUUUCUGCUGGCUCUGAACGACAAGUCCCAUCACAUCCAUCUACAAACCCGGCAGCACGCUCUCGUGCCCCCUCGCUGGGAUCGUUCUCGUCAAGUUAUGUACUCAAAGCGCCCACGAGUCCACUCGUGCACCAAGCCAACAUCACAGAUCUGGACUUCUCUCCACGACCGGAACAUUUUAGCUAUAUUGGCUCCUCUGAGAAAGCCAGCCGCCGGCGCACACUUCCGCCAGAGACUUUUCGAGACAUGCAGAUUCCUGAUUUUACCCAUAGACGAGAGACGCAUCUUCAUUCAGACUCAUUGAUGAGGGAAUGGAACAAAGCCUUGACCCAUCAGUCCCAACCACCAAGACGGUCUCUGAACUCGGGUUAUACCCUCCAGCUUGCUUCGUCGGUUCAGACAGCGCAUUCCAAAUUUAGGCGACCCUCUAUUGGCUCCGAGGUCUCGUCCAGAGCAUUGGCGCCAAUGGUGGGCUCAUACGAGGAGUCCAUUCUUCGAGGAAGGAUGUCGACGAACCCUUCCAAACCGCUGGACUUCACUGCACAGAUAGGGGUUCUGGGUAAAGGCAAAUGUAAAGGCAGCCUUAAGUGUCCGCCCCAUGUCACGAUUCCAUUCCCUGCCGUGUUUUACAGCUAUCCCACCUCAGGAUGUGGGCGUUCAAUAUCGGACGAUAGCCCCAGUCCGUAUGUGGGCAUGAUUGACCUUGAUAGUUCCCUUCCCAAGGACACAUCGAGCGACACUCGACGCCGGAAACACCGUCAUCAAAGCCCUGGGAGCAUGCAUAAUGACCAACACAUCCGGUCUCCACUUGACGCAAGGUCGAAUGAUCAAGAGCUUCUACGUCUUUUGGAGAAAAAGCAUAGAAGGGCGGAGUCCCCAAAAUCGCCGCCGGGCGGCUGUUAUCGGAUCCCGCAGCAAGGCCAAUUACAGGUUAUGAUAAAGAACCCGAACAAAACUGCCGUCAAGCUGUUCCUCGUUCCUUAUGACCUCACUGAUAUGGAGCCCGGAACUAAGACGUUCAUUCGCCAACGGAGCUAUUCCGCAGGCCCCAUAAUCGAUAUGCCCCUGAGUGCGCGAAAGAAUUACGGGACGGAUCGUCCUGAGGCAUCUCUGAAUGCUUCGGAAGAUCCAAAGGACAAGCCAAUUCUACGUUACUUGAUUCACUUAAACAUUUGCUGCCCUUCAAAAGGUCGAUUUUACCUGCAUUCAAGUAUCCGUGUUGUCUUCGCCAACCGAGUACCCGACGGCAAGGAGAAGCUACGAAAUGAAAUUCAACUUCCUUACCCGCGCUAUUCACCUUACAAGGCCUCACGAGAGGCCCACCCAGUACAUUCGAGUUCUGUGGGCGAGAAGCGGUCGCGAAAGUCAACGCCUGGCCAUCCUUGCCAUCCUGGGAAGCCUGAACUUCACGGCUCUGCCGAGAUGUCUCAGCCAGGCUACCCGUCCCAUUUCCAAUGCAACCCGUUCGCACGGCAUAUUACGACUCACGAGGUGUCCACUCUUCCAAGUGACGGGAACUUCGUUGGGCGCGAGCCGUCGCCACAUCCUCUCGCAGGCCGCCUACCAACGAGAAGGCACGUCAGUCCAUCUUACGCAGACGCUGAGCUGCGCAACACUAAAGUUGGGCUGUAUAGCAAGCUCCAUAAGGGCGAGCACGGCUACGGCGGUUAUUCGCCCGGUGGAACCGAAGUCGGUGACAGUCUCCUUGCACAGCGACUAAGGGGCCUGGAUGUCCAAAGACAUAAACACUUUCAUCCCCACUGAUUUGCUCUCGAUGAGCUAAGCGCUGAUGUGUAAACUGGUCUGUGACCGUUCCAGCGCGAUCGGUAAAAUCUAACAUUCUUCCGUUCCCUUACCCGCCCUCCGAAGGCGAUGUGUACCUCAACCGGUAUCCCUUACUUUUGCGGUGAUGCUUUAAAGAUCACACCCUUCCCCCGCUAAAAAGCAGCUCAUACGAAUGGGAUGCAGGCUCAUCUCACGAUCUGUUCAUAUCAGUGUCCGUUUAUAUCCUUUGCUAAAUACCGACCCGGGCCAAAGGGUACGAGUACUCCUAUCGGACUAGCUUUCUAUACCCAACAUGUCUAUAGCUUUCAUAAUCCCCUCCUUUCUGAAAUCGUCGCCACUGUGUGUGCU